AUGGCCGCUAUGCGUGCGCUUUGGGUGCUCGCUGCCGUUUCCUCUUGGAGCUUCGGCCCUGUCUAUGCCCAACCUUCGCCUCAGGUGCAGAAGGAUAUCUCCGCUGCAAUCAAGAAGGCAGCUUCGUCACACUCAGCCGAGGUCGACUACACCCAAUUUGUGAAUGUCUUCAUCGGAACCGACAACUUUGGCGAUGUCUGCCCCGGUGCCUCCGUGCCGUUCGGAAUGGCCAAGUUCUCGACGGACUUAACGGGCUACGCACCUGCCGGCUACAUCACCGAUGCGACGCAGAAGAUCCGAGGAAUAAGCCCCAUGCACGAUAGCGGAACGGGCUCUUCGCUGGGAACCUAUGGUAACUUCGAAGUCAUGCCCAUGGUAUGUCCCGGCGGGUUCGACACCUGCCCGGUCACGCUCGCUGCGCGCGAGCGUUUCCGGAAGAACAACACCGACGUGGCAUCCCCGGGCUACUUCGCCCAAACGCUCGAUAAUGGUAUCAAGAUGGAAGCGACCUCGACGCGUCGCGCCGGGCUUGAGCGGUUCACCUUCCCUAAGGGCUCCAAGCCAUACUUCGUGCUCGAUCUCGCUAAUGACCUUCCUGCGUCCUUCGCUGGAGGACGCAUGGACAUCGACCCGGUGAAGGGCAGAAUCACCCUGGGUGGCCUGUGGGGUUCCAGCUUCGGUCCUGGGUCGUACAACUACCAAGCGUUUGCGUGCUACGACAUUCUCGACGGCGGUAAGCAAAAGCUCAGCGAAUUCGGUGUCUGGACAGGCAUGACUUCCGAGGACUUCCAGGCGUACGGGCUCGGCCAGACGACCCUGAACCUCACGCGGAACCUCAUCGGGGGCGUGUACGAGUCCGGCGCGCUCUUCUCGUUCGAUGGGAAGCCAGAGCAAAUCAACAUGCGCGUCGGCAUCUCGUUCGUGUCCGCAGACCAGGCGUGCGCGAACGCGGAGAGCGAGGUCGGCGACGCGUCGUUCGAGGACAUCGUUGCGCGUUCGAAGGCGCUGUGGAACGAGAAGCUGAGCAAGGUCGAGAUCGACCUGAAGAACACGCCCGCGAACGUGACGGAGAUGCUGUAUUCCUCGCUGUAUCGCUCGUCAUUGACUCCGAAUAAUGCCACGGGUGAGACGCAGGGUCCAUUCGCGGGCACCACGCACCCGUACUUCGAUUCCCUAUACUGCAGCUGGGACACCUUCCGCACGUUCUACCCGCUCAUGUCACUGCACUCGCCCGUGGAGUUUGCGGAGAUCGUGGACAACUACAUCGACGGCUGGCGCAAGCUCGGCUGGAUGCCCGAGUGCCGCGCGAACAACCUGCCCGGGUGGACGCAGGGCGGGUCGAGCGCGGACCCCAUCGUCGGCCACUUCGCGAUCACGUACCACAACGAGGCGGCCGCGCUCGGCAUCGACCUCGACGAGCUGUACACGGCGAUGCUCGCGGACGCGGAGAUUAACCCGCCGGAGUGGAAUACGCUCGGGCGGCAGAUCGACGUGUAUAAGCAGUACGGGUUCGUUCCGUUUGGAGUGCUGGACCCGAGCAGCGUUGGUCGCCAGACGCGUGAAGGAAGCAGAACGCUGGAGUACGCGUUCGAGGACUUCGCCGUGCGCCAAGUCGCUUUGCUCCUCAACAAGACCGACGAUGUCGCAAAAUACACCAAUCGCUCUCUCUUCUACCGCAAUGUCUGGGACCCGUCAGUCGUGAGCGACGGCUUCCAUGGUUUCGCACAAAAGCGGAUGUCCAAUGGAACCUUCGUCCACACCGACCCAGUCGACUGCUCGCCCAACGACACGAACCAGAACCGGGAGUGCUCGCUCCAGGGUGACAACGUGGUCGGAUUCUACGAAUCGUCUUCAUGGGAGUACAGCUGGUUCGCACCGCACGACACCGCGCACUUGAUCGAGCUCAUGGGCGGAAACGACACCUUCGUCAAGCGCCUCGAUCACUUCUUCAGCGCCGGCUACUACCUGGCAGGCAAUGAGCCCUCGUUCCAAACCCCCAUCGGCUACCACUACGCGAACCAGCCGACCAGGUCGGUCGACCAGGUGCGCGACGUCGUCUUCACCAACUUCGACAUCACUCCCGCGGGGCUGCCUGGUAACGACGACCAAGCGGCAAUGGCGUCCCUACUCGUCUUCCAUCUUCUUGGAUUGUACCCGGUGCCCUCCACCUCACAGUUCCUCGUGCUCUCGCCGAUGACGCCCAAGUUCACGAUCCACAACUCGUUCCUGAACGUGAGCACGACGGUCACAACCAAGGGCUUCGACGCGCGCUCCGUGCAGAAGACGAUCCCGAAGGGCGCGGCCGCGUACGUGAAGAGCGUGUCCGUGAACGGCGUCGUGCAGGUGAACCGCUGCCACUUUGACUUCUACGACGUCUUCCGCGUCGGCGGGGACGUCGUGAUUGAGGUCACUGCGGACAAGAGCAGCGUGAACAGCUGUGGGGCGGGCCUGCCCGAGUCUGUCUCUACUGGCGGGUUCGCGCAGGUUCGGUGA